AUGUAUUAUACAAUACCCCCUCAUUUCCCCUCUUGCACAAUUAGACAUAGAUCUUCUGACAUAGACCUUAAUGAAGAUGCACAAACACUUUCCUAUUAUGGUGGUCUUAAGGGACAAUUUGUACACCUUAAAGAUGGCAAAGUACAGAAAAUUUCGACCAAUAAAAAGGAGACAAAAGCGGCACCUCGUCAAGGACCCGUAGCGGCGGCUUCCAGCGAAAUAGCUUAUGAUCGUCUUAACGAUUAUGAUCACAAGUCCACGUUUGAGGAAGAUUUCAAUAAAAUCCAAUUGGCCGCUGCUCGUCUGGUGGCCAUACAAGAGCUGGCCAAACGUAAGGGUAACUUUAGUCCGGAAGAUAAUCGGGUGUAUGCCGCUAGUCUAUUGGAAUUGGGACAAGCUGCUCAAAAUUUAGCCAUGUUGCAACAAACGGGACAAAUACAGGAUUUCAGUGUUCUGCUGAAGCCCAUGCAUACAACCGUGAUGCCACAAAAAACUCCUCUUAAGGAUGACAAAAAUACUGAAGAUGCUGUUGCCAUUGAAGCAGCUGUACAAGGAGAAAAGGUAGAUGUGGUAACAGAGCAGCAAUUAAGUGAAUCUGAUCUUUUGCCAGGCAAUCAUGAAGAUCCCUAUGAAGAUGUGCAUGAUAGUGUAGCCAUAACACCGCCCAAGAAAGAUGCUUCUGUAGCUGAGGCUAAACCAGUGGGUGAGUUUUUUUUGCAAAACAUUUAUAUAACUAAGAGUAUCUCUAUUGCUGGUGAAGGUGGUGUAGCCUCUGCUAAACCCAAUGCCGUGGCUUUAUCCGGCCGCAAUGGUUUGGCCGUUUCCGCUCCCAAAGCUACAGCCAUAGCUGGUGUAACAGCUGAGGAAGCUGCAGCUUUUAGUAUCUCCCUGCCCACUCGCAAUAAUUUAGUUAUUAAAUCAGCAUCCACCCGUUUAUCAUCCCCCUCUUAUGAUGAUUAUGAAGAUAUCGAUUCUUCCCCUCUCCAGGCCUACACACGCAAUGUCCCUCUUCUUAGAUCUGCCGGCACCGAGAAAAGUAAGGUCUCUAGCAAGCCCAAACCUAUGCUGGCCACAAUUAAUGCUGCCGAUGCUAUUGUAAAAAUGUGGCGCACUGCCAUUGCCGAAGAUCAGGCUGACGUUUAUGGGGCACCCGAGCGCAAUAAUGAUUUUGAUAUUGAACAAUUUUUUAAGAUCUCCAAGCAAAUGAAUCAACGUCGUAGAAUUUAAGAUCAAAAUAAUUAUUUAUUUUAUUCAUAUAUUUAAAAAAAAAAACAAAAACAAUUGAGCAUCUUUUGAGAGAUAAGUAAAUUAUUUAUGCUAAAAAGAUUUUAUUUUCUAUAUAAAAUAUGACAGUAUUUAAGAACAAAUAGAAAUACUAAUUUAAUAAAACACACAUUAAACAAAGCAUUUAAUAUACAUUUUAAAUAA